AACCCUGCUUUUUACUUCCUGUCUUGAUUCCCUCUCAGGUGGGUCAGGGCUGUGCGACGGCCCUCGCUCUGCUCUUCGAUCGAGACCACAGUGUGAAGUUUGUCCUGGACCAGGACCUGGUGGAGGGGGGUCACGAGAGGGUCUUCUUCCACCCCAUGACCAACAGCGCCACCAUGGGGCUGCGACCCGAAGACCUGCUGCGCUUCCUCCGGGAGACGGGGCACGAGCCCGUCCUGCAGAGCUUCGACUAAACAGGACUUAGACAUGGACAUGAUUUGGACAUAAAGAUGGGUUAAGAAGACAAACCUGCAGAGACAAACAUGAACUUAUUCUUCUUUUCUUUUUUUUUUAAGAUUUUACUUUUAUCAUUGUGAAAGAACACAAGGCAUAAUGUGUAAAAUAGAUAUACAUGUUUGAAAAAGGUAUUUGCUGCGUUGAAUGAAUGUUAUCUAUGAACUGUUCAAGUUACAAAGAAUACUGUGCAGGUACAUUUCUGAAUACUUCAGGUGAAGUCAUUUUUGUUGGUUUUCUGUCUAUUCUUUUCCAUAAUAAUGUCACGUCUAAGGAAGAGAAUUAGGGCCACAUGAAUAUUAAUAAGAAUAUUUUUGGGGAUGUGAAAAAAAAAAGUAUUUGUUUUGUUUUGGGAAAAAAGUCAGAAUUCUGAUAAAAAGGUCAAAACAUUUUUUUUUCACAUCCCCACAUUUCUUUUUUCAUGUGGCCUUAAUCCUCUUCCGUACAUGUCAGCCUAUUGUUGGUGAGCAUUUUAUUUAUGCAAAACACAAUAAUAAUAAUAAUAAUAAUAAUAAAGAUCAAUCUGUCAAUAAACCUCAAA